AAUAUUUCUCCAAUUCUUCAGUCUUCGCAGAUUUCCAUAUCAUGACUAGAGCGUUGGGCUACCUGUGCUUUGCGUGACUUCUACUYAAAAUGGCGGCCAUAGAUGUUGACCGUUUGAUUGAGAUAGCAAAAUACUCUUUGAUYGACAUCGAAGAUCCAGUAAACAUAGUCCCUGUGUGUUUGAUUCUGUUCUGUUUAGUGUUUUCUGGUCGACCACGUGGAUUUUUAUCGUUUUGGGCCAUGUUCAAUGCAUGCAUUAUUCACUGUUGGAUGGACGGCAUCAUAGGUAUAUUUGCGCGUGGUCCUAAGUGGCUUGUCGAGCAGUAUGGUAUACUGGACAUGAGGUAUUGGCUUACACGUGACCCUAUGGUUAUGAUGAUAUCAGCAGUUGAGUUGGUUAUCAUGGGACCACUGUGCCUAAUAUGGUACCAUUCACUUGUUCAACGCCGUUGGUAUAGUGAUGUUGUUGCCAUUAUAACUUCAACUUUCCAACUGAUGGGAACAAUAUUGUACGUUGGUGGGGAAGUAUUGGACAACUUUGUGCAUCUUCCAAGUGACUGGCCGCCAUCUUUUUCCAAGACUAAAGAUCUCUUUUAUUUCUGGUUUGUCUUUGUAUUUUGCAAUAGUGUUUGGAUCUUCUUACCAAUAACUAUCAUUUCCAAAUCGUUCUGGAAUAUAUCUACAAUCUACCAUCAACAAGUGAAACAAUCAAAGCCCGGAGAGAAGAAAAAGAAGGCUUCGAAACAGGACUGAACACUUUGCAUUUCUUUGAGCAAGACGUGGCGGGGCGGACUCUUUCUUUAGCAGGGGCGGAACGAGCUGGUGGGUUCAGGGAGUGCGCAACCCCUCCUGAGAUCUGUAUCCUCCAAUACUUUCCUUAUUUUGUAUCUUCAUGAUAAUGAUUUUUGUAGGGUGCACCCCCUACUGAGUGCCCCGCACCCCUCCCUGAGGAAAAUUCUGGAUCCGCCCUUGUUUAGAGAUUGACUAAAGGCGGCURAAUACGAGAUACAAAAACCAUCAACUUGGCGCGCAACAUUGUUUCUGUUCAAGUUGAUCAUCGAAGUUUAUCGUUUUUCGUGCAUCGUCAACUUGUCAUGCAACAAAAAUACAUCGUGGAAAACGUGAAACAUAGGUGCUCAACUUGAACAGAAACAAUGUUUCGCGCCAAGUUGAGGGUUUUUGUAUCUCGUAUUUAGCCGCCUUAAUGUGAACACGUAUCAGAACGAAGCUAGAACCAUAAAAURAAUAAAAUGCAAGCUCCUAAAA